AUGAAAAAGAGAGAUCUCAAACUAGUUUUAAUUGGAGAUAGUGGUGUCGGGAAAUCAUCAUUUGUUUCAGCAUUAAUAAAUUAAAUACAAAACAAAGCAUCUGUUUUAGAUAAACAUCCACCAAUCAAUUUACCUCCUGAUAUGCUCAACCACCCUGAAUGUAUAACUACUCUAAUCGAUACAAAAUGUGCUCCUCAUUAAUUACCCCAGGAGAUUUAGAUAGCUGAUGUGAUUCUCCUAAUGUAUGCAAUUGAUGAUGACGGAUCGAGUGAAAGAUUGAAAAGAUUUUGGUUGAAAGAAUUAAGAGACAAAGAAUACAAAUAGCCUGUAAUAAUAGUAGGAAACAAACUUGAUUUAUUGGGUUUGGAAGAGGAUCGAGAUUAUCAUAGGAUCUUCAAGGUAAUCAAACAAUUAGUGAAGGAUUUCAACUCAGUUGAAAUGGGAAUCGAGUGUUCAUCCAUAAAACAAUAAGGCAUCUAUGAUGUGAUAAAUUGUGCUUAAAGAUCAUUCCUCUAUCCAUUAGCUCCUAUUUACAGCAUAGCAGACAAGGCAUUAACAGAAGGAUUUAAAAAGGCAUUGACUAGGAUAUUUAGGAUUUGCGAUAGGGAUGGAGAUGGAGUAUGGAGUGAUACAGAACUGGAAAAAUUCUAAAAGAAAGUGUUUAAGAGAUAAUUAGAUUAUAGUGACAUUGCUGGGAUAAAAGACAUGAUAGAAGAGGAAUUGCAUGAUAACUCAAACAAAACAGUCAUUACUUUAGAAGGAUUUAUAGCAUUGCAAAAAAGAGGGAUAGAAUUAAUGAAGAUUCAAAUCUGUUGGACUAUACUACGCUUUUUUAGGUACAAAGAUGAUUUGACUUUGGAUGAGAAUAUUUUCACAAAUGAAUUAAUAUUUGAUUACGAUGCAGGUCAAACUGUUGAAUUGAGUGAGAUUGCCUUAUCUAAAUUGAAAUAGAUAUUUGAAAUCAGAUGCAAUUCCAGGUUUUAAUAAGGAAAUACUCUAACUCAGUAACAAUUUGAUGAUAUAUUUUACCCAGUGAUGUGUAAAACUAAUUUUCCUCAUCUUUGUCAAUAUUAUCCUUAGGAAUAAAAUGUUAUCACUUUAGCUCAAUGGUUGGCAAUGUGGAAUGCCUUUUCCUUCUUUAAUUACAAAGAAGCCUACAAGUUGUUGUGUUAUAUUGGAAUUGAAAUGAAAUUAUCAGACACCUUUAAGGAAUAAAAUAGGAAGGAUUCUUGGGUUUCCGUUUAAAAGAAUAUUGAUAGAAAGGUGUUCCAUAUUGCCAUUGUCACCAGAAAGAAGGGUUAAUUUGAGUAAUGGUUUUGUAAUCAGCCCCUCAUUAUCACAUCUAUUCAAAGUAAAACAUACGCUAUUAGUUUGUAUGAUGAAUUGGAGGCUGAAUAAUAAAUUGAAAAAAGACAACUAAGCAUUAUAGACUUUUUACUUAUAGAAAAAAAUUGUCACUUUUAAACUGCCCAACUUAUUCCUAAUUUGCUCUAUGAUGAUUAAUAGAAUUUCUGGACCUAAAUUGUUAAGGUUACAGAGAUCUUACAUAAAAAUCCAUUUGGUUAUUCUAACUCUCAAAUGUAAUAAUUGAAAAAACAAAAUAGCCUGUCUAUUGUUGAAUUAGCUAGCGUAAUAACACUCCUGACAUUUAUAUUGACAGGAGGAUACUUUUUAGGUAAAAAGGUAUUGUAAAAGAAUAAAUGA